CUCCCACAAUACCCACACGAUGUUCACGCCCCUCUCCCCGCUCUCCACUCGCAUCCUCUCCCUCUCUGGGUUCCCACCUCAGCUCAAGACACGAGACAUACAGGCGGUAUUUUCCGCUUGGGAGGACGAUAAUGGAGGAUUCAGGAUCAAGUGGGUGGAUGAUACAAAUGCAAUGGUCAUCUUUAGCGAUCCUAGCACAGGUGAGGAGAGGAGAGCAGGGAAGUAGAUGACCGCAACACAGCGAGAUGGUCGUGCUGAACAAUCUCCCCUCUUCCAACCUGCCUAUCCUGCCUCGUCUCACAUUCCCACCACCUCUCCACCUCUCCAGCAAAGCGAGCAUACCUAGCA